AUGCCAAAGCUGCUUCUUGGUCAAAUUUCCACAUGCAACGCAAGAAUCGCAGUGGGCGUGGAUGAAGAGAUAUCUAGUGGUUCUAUAAGUGUGGAAUCGAAUAAAGAAAAGAAUGAGGAUGAAAUGGAGGAAACAAGAAAUAGAGACGACAAAAUAAAGCAGCCUACCAUUGGAAUGUUGUUUGAUACAAUUGAUGAGAUUGUAGAAUACUAUAUGACAUAUGGGAAGGAAAUGAGUUUUCCCGUGUCUAAAAGAACAUCUUUAAAAGGGGAUGAUGGAGAAAUAAAGUAUGUAACGGUUGCUUGUUCUCACAAUGGAAAGUCAUUGUCGAAGAACAGGUCAAUGAGACCAAUUCAACCGGAGAAGACUCCUCUGUUUAAGUAG